AUGUCGGAUGUAAAACGCAACAUCGGCGAUGCAGUGAAAAAGGGCGGUGGUGGUACAUUAUCGGCGUCCGAGUGUUCCGCGGCAUCCGCUAAUCCCUUCGGCAAUAGCGACAAAGAUGGCCGAGGGGAUCGAGGUAACAAUGGGUCGAACGGGAGUGGUGGUGGUGGCCGGGCUGGAAAAAAGCUCCCUACGGUACGGCUGGAGCUGAACCUAUUCGAACCGACUGCUGACAGUUUUCCGGAAUUUAAUUUCUCCAAACUGAUCCACGACGAACAGAAACGUCUUAAAAAAGCACAGAAGAAACAAAACGAUAGACCGACCAAUGGGUUCCUGUCGGAUCCGGAUAUAGACGUUGAAGUUGAACGGAUUUCCCAAGAGCUGGAGCGAAAGUAUGGUAUGGGGUCAGAAUAUGCAACCAAGGGCAAAUCUGCCCGUCCGUCCAAGCUGGACUAUUAUGAUCGUGGUGCGGGCUACGACGAGGAAGAUUCCUUCAUCGACAAUUCUGAGGCGUACGACGAGCUCAUACCGCAGGAAGUGGAAACGGUCGGCGGUGGGUUUUAUAUCAACUCGGGCCAGCUAGAAUUUAAGCAGCUGUCGAACUUUGAACGUCCGGAAGAUGCACACCGUAUGCCGAAACCGAAGAAGCGUGUCCUUUCAACGUCAUCCGAAAGCAGCGAGGAUGAGGAACCGGGUGGAGCGAAAAAGAAACCGACCCAAAGUGGGCCCGGCGUUCAGCAAGCGCAGAAACAACCGGCUGAAAAGUCGGCUACUUCCGCGGAAAGCCAGCAAAAUCGCCCACAGCCUGCCGAGAUUGAUAAAGGUGGUGUGGGAGUGACCGUAACAAAUGCGCCAACAGCUACACCGGAAGAGGAAAAAUCUCGCCUAAAUGGCCACGUUGCAAAGAAGCAAAAGAUGGUGGAUAAUGGGCCGGUUGCAGUAGAUCAGAAAAUGAAACCUUCGACCGGUGGUGAGGGUGGCAAGGAAAAGGCAAAUGGGGUAAAAGGGAAAUCAUCGACCGGUACAGGGACUAUGACGGGUGUGACCGCAGCAGGAAGCACUGUGGACGGAAAUAAAAAGGAGGAAAAUGGUGGAGUGAAAGAAUUGAAAACCACCACCGUAAAGGACAUGUUGCGGGCCAAGCGCGAUAGUUUGCGCAAGAUGGAGCAAGAGAAGAAAGGACGUAGCAGUGGUUCGAGUCGAGUUUCCAGCUCGGAAGCGGAAGAGGAUGGUGACGGUGGAGGCGAUGAGGAAGAUGAUGAAGAAGAAAUUGGCGAGGGUGAUGAUGAGAAUGAGGACGAGGAAGAUGAGGAGUACGAUGAACAGGAAGUAGGAAGUGACAAAAAAUCGCGUGCAUCCGGUUCGGAUGUGGAAAUGGUGUCGGAUAGUGGGAGCAGCCAUGAAAGUGAAAAGGAUACCGCUGCAAGGGGGAAAGUUAUACAGCCGGUAAGCAACGCGGCAACGAACGGGAUGGUUGACAGUGACGGACGUACGGUGUUAACACCGAGCGGACAGCAACCACCCAAGGAACGGAAGCAGAAGGACUGCAAACUACCCGACGAUAUUCCCGAACAGUUGCGCAACGAUGUGGAAGCAUUGAAGGAACACGCGCGAGCUCUGUCCGGGUCUGGGAAGUUAAAUUUCUUCGAAAGCAAGGUAGCGGACCUGUUGCUGCGGAUCGACGAUACUGCACGUUCCAGCAUGGGUUCUAGCACAAGGAAUGCGAUAUUUCGUCAUCUGGAGGCGCAGCUUUCGAUAAGCCGGCAGUCUCUCCAGCUAAAGCUGAAAAAGAUUCGCAUUCGAAAGCUCGAGAAUAAGACAAAGUCGAUACUUUCCAAGCUCGAGUACAUCAUUGCCGAAACGAUGCCAACGGUUCUGGCCAAGCACCAGUUAGAUUGUACGAAGGUGAACGAUUUGCGUGCAGCAGCAGCAGCAGCAGCACAAGCCGCCACCACACUGCCAAAUGGUGAGAAAAACGAUGCCCAACCAAACCCAACAACACAGAUAAGAAAUCCAAAGAAAAAAUACUCCUGGAAUGAACGAUCGCGCACACUGCUCUGGGAGCUGUACAACAUCCGCCUGCUAAUGUUCGGACUGAUGAGGCCCCGGAAUCAAACGGAGGAAGAGGUGGUGGCGGAGUAUAUGCGCACCAAGGUAGUGCCACUGUGGCCUAAGGGUUGGAUACGGUACGAGGAUAUCCACAAGGAGUUGGAUCGGCGGAAAAAGGCAUUGGCGAAAAGUCAGGGCAGUAGCGGGGUUGUUGGUACACAUAAUCCCACGGGAAAGAAAUCUACACCGACGGUUUCGCCCCUCGUAUCGCCCGUUUCGUCGGUAGAUGCGACUCUACUGACCGGUAACAGUGUGAACGGUAUGAAACCGCAAGACGUCUACACACCUGCCCGAUCGUCAACACCGUCGAGUGUGAAGUCGACGAACAGUAAGGGCGGAGGCAUGGUGGAGGUGGAGAGGGUUGGUUCUGUGAGCAACGUGACACAUCACUCACCAACCACCGUACAACAACCGAAUGCAACGACCUGCUUGUCGCCCAAUUCUUCCUUCAAGCGUACCUCGGACCAUAGCAUUAUUAACAUCAUGAAUUCACCGCCACCGCCAGCGGAUAAGCAAUCCGGCGAGCAACGACGCUCGUUCGAUGCUGUCGACCAAUCGGCAGAUGGUCUGAAACGAUCGCCUACGACGCCAGCGUCGAUCAAUUUAUCACCCGCUGAAAGAAAACACCCAUUACCAUCGCCAGACCGGCAGCGAUGGAACAGUCGCGAGGAUGACAGUGACAGUAGCAUCGAGAUAAUCGCUGAAUAUAACGUUCCUAGAACCGGUUCAGCGAUGCCCUUCCAAUCUGGUGCCGGUUCCAAAAUAUCCGCUUCCUCGCCCGUGCACCAAACGGUUCCAGCUUCACACCUACCAAGUACACCCAAUCUGCCAGUCCUGAACAAAGAAAAGUAUAAGAACUUAAUCGCAGGAAAGCAUAAGACGCACAGUGGAAGUAGCAGCAGUGCGGGCUCUAGUCCGAUCGCAGCGGGUGAUACUGUGUUACCCAUCAUGAGCAGUGGAAAGUACGCAAAACACUCACCGGGAGGUGUCAUUGGUUUUGCGGCGCCAUCCGGUAAUGUGAGUGGUAGCCUUGGGCUGCUUCCCGAGAUGACCGGUGCCGGUGGGGGAGGAAGCGUUCGACUGAAGGAUACACCUCCACCCAUCGACGUUGACGUCCAUCAGAUAAUGAAGGAUCUCAAGGAAUUACAGGAGCUUCAGAAGCAGCAGCACAAUGUCAGCGGUGGAAACCGAAAAUCAGACAGCACAUCGUUACAAUCGCAACAACAGCAUGCAGCAGCAACGUCAUCCACGGUAGCAACAGCCGCCUCAUCGAAUGUUGUUGCCGAUUACUUUAUCGACUGUGAUAUGGAUGAGGACGAUAUUCUCUUCGCCACGAACUACACGUAUAGUGGUGGACACAAGCACUGA